UGCGGUUACCACACGACUCCGAAAUCUUUGAGAAGCGUGUAAAACAAUGUUCAGUAGUAAGGAGCAGUUAGACAAAAAGACCGGCGAAUAUGGUAUUGGAAGAUUUAAUUACUUGCAAUCGCUUGUCACUGAAUAUCAAGACACAGACAGCGAUGAGUCUAAGCAGCAAGUCCUAGCUAAUUUAGCAAAUUUUGCAUAUGACCCAAUAAACUAUGGACACUUUCAAGUUCUAAAUAUUGUGGAUCUUUUCCUUGAUGCCUUAGAUGAGCCUGAUCAGAAGCUUGUAGAAUAUGCCAUAGGUGGAUUAUGUAAUUGCUGUUUAGAUAAGAAGAUCAAACAACAGAUCCUACAACAUGAUGGAGUGAAGCUUGUGACCAGUUGUUUAUCAAGACCUAAUGAAGAGACCGUAUUAUCAGCAAUUACAACACUCAUGUACCUUACUACCCCCGAAUCAAAGAAAGAGAUUACAUCUUUGCCUGUCGUAGAGUGUAUGCUGAGGUUUUCUGAGGCUAAUAACAAGAGACUUGGUAACCUGGCCAAGGUUUUUCUCCAGGACUAUUGCUCACCUAGUCAGGUGGAUGCAGCCAAACAAAUACAGCAACAGUUGUCAGUUCAAAGACAGUCAACUGAGGACACUUAAUGUCAGAUCAAGGACAGUCUAAUGAGGACACCUAAUGUUAGAUCAAAGAGAGUCUACUGAGGACACCUGAUGUCAGAUCAAGGACAGUUUACUGAGGACACCUGAUGUCAGAUCAAGGACAGUCUACUGAGGUCACCUGAUGUCAGAUCAAGGACAGUUUACUGAGGACACCUGAUGUCAGAUCAAGGACAGUCUACUGAGGUCACCUGAUGUCAGAUCAGAGACAGUCUACUGAGGACACCUGAUGUCAGAUCAAGGACAGUCUACUGAGGACACCUGAUGUCAGAUCAAGGACAGUUUACUGAGGACACCUGAUGUCAGAUCAAGGACAGUCUACUGAGGACACAUGAUGUCAGAUCAGGGACAGUCUACUGAGGACACCUGAUGUCAGAUCAAGGACAGUUUACUGAGGACACCUGAUGUCGGUUCAAAGAGAGUCUACUGAGGACACCUGAUGUCAGAUCAGGCGCAGUGAAGUGAGGACACCUGAUGUCGGUUCAAAGAGAGUCUACUGAGGUCACCUGAUGUCAGAUCAGAGACAGUUUACUGAGGACACCUGAUGUCAGAUCAAGGACAGUCUACUGAGGACACCUGAUGUCAGAUCAGGGACAGUCUACUGAGGACACCUGAUGUCAGAUCAUGGACAGUCUACUGAGGACACCUGAUGUCAGAUCAAGGACAGUCUACUGAGGACACCUAAUGUCAGAUCAAGGACAGUCUACUGAGGACACCUAAUGUCAGAUCAAGGACAGUUUACGGAGGACACUUAAUGUCAGAUCAAGGACAGUCUACUGAGGACACCUGAUGUCAGAUCAGAGACAGUCUACUGAGGACACCUGAUGUCAGAUCAUGGACAGUCUACUGAGGACACCUGAUGUCAGAUCAAGGAUAGUCUACUGAGGACACCAUAUGUCAGAUCAGAGACAGUCUACUGAGGACAACUGAUGUCAGAUCAGAGACAGUUUACUGAGGACACCUAAUGUCAGAUCAAGGACAGUAUAUGGAGGACACCUGAUGUCAGAUCAAGGACAGUCUACUGAGGACACCUAAUGUCAGAUCAGGGACAGUCUACUGAGGACACCUGAUGUCAGAUCAAGGACAGUCUACUGAGGACACCUGAUGUCAGAUUAGAGACAGUCUACUGAGGACACCUGAUGUCAGAUCAGAGACAGUCUGUUGAGGACACCUAAUGUCAGAUCAAGGACAGUUUACUGAGGACACCUAAUGUCAGAUCAGAGACAGUCUACUGAGGUCACCUGAUGUCAGAUCAGAGACAGUUUACUGAGGACACCUAAUGUCAGAUCAAAGACAGUCUACUGAGGACACCUGAUGUCAGAUCAAGGACAGUUUACUGAGGACACCUGAUGUCGGUUCAAAGAGAGUCUACUGAGGUCACCUGAUGUCAGAUCAGAGACAGUUUACUGAGGACACCUGAUGUCAGAUCAAGGACAGUCUACUGAGGACACCUGAUGUCAGAUCAGGGACAGUCUACUGAGGACACCUGAUGUCAGAUCAGGGACAGUCUACUGAGGACACCUGAUGUCAGAUUAUGGACAGUCUACUGAGGACACCUGAUGUCAGAUCAGAGACAGUCUACUGAGGACACCUGAUGUCAGAUCAUGGACAGUCUACUGAGGACACCUGAUGUCAGAUCAAGGACAGUAUAUGGAGGACACCUGAUGUCAGAUCAAGGACAGUCUACUGAGGACACCUAAUGUCAGAUCAGAGACUGUCUACUGAGGACACCUGAUGUCAGAUCAGAGACAGUCUACUGAGGACACCUGAUGUCAGAUCAGAGACAGUCUACGGAGGACACCUAAUGUCAGAUCAGGCGCAGCGAAGUGAGGAUAUCUGAUGUCGGUUCAAAGAGAGUCUACUGAGGAUAAAUGAUGAGCUAACAUUCCAAGUCAGAUUCUUGAAGACAUCUUUUGAAAUACCCUGGAAUCUUAACGGUUAGUUGUGUAGCUGUUGAAACAAAAAUAUUGGUUACCAGUAUGUCUCUUUGUCAUGUGAUUUACAGAUAUCCUUAAUACAGGUUACUUCAACUAAACAUCUGAAUAGUCAAUACUAUCCGUUUAACUAGAGGUCAACACUGAAUAAUUAGAUACAAUUACUACAAAUAUUUCAUGUCUGAUGUGUUCCCUGUCCACCAAUGGUCUGCAAUUUCCCUCUGCUCUGUCCACCACUGGUCAGCAAUUUUCCUCAGCCCUGUCCACCACUGGUCAGCAAUUUUCCUCUGCCCUGUCCAUCACUGGUCUGCAAUUUUCCUCUGCCCUGUCCAUCACUGGUCAGCAAUUUCCCUCAGCCCUGUCCUCCACUGGUCAGCAAUUUCCCUCUGCAUUGUCCACCACUGGUCAGCAAUUUUCCUCUACCCUGUCCAUACUGGUCAGCAAUUUCCCUCUGCCCUGUCCAAUACCAGUCAUCAUUUCCGCCAUUUUCCUGUGCUGUGACUUACAGUUCCCCUUCAAACAUGAGUCCCCACUUCUACUCUGCCAUGACCUCCAAAAAGAGUCCUAGUUUCCCCUGCUGUCUAUCAAGAGUAAUCAGCUACCCCUCUGCUCUAAAAGGAGUAAUCAGUUAACCAACUUUCCUGUAUAAAUACAGUCGUCAAAUCUCACAACUACCAUAUACCUAAAACUAUGUACAUCUACAUCAUUCUGGAUUCCUUUGUGGCCUCUGAUGGACUGGAGUAAGGUAAUCUAUUAAUUCUCUUGGUCUAUAGGCAUGAAAGGAUUUUCGAAAGAAUGACAAUGAUUUUAUAGGGACGUUUUAUGCAUUGUCAUUCUAUGAUACCCUGUUGUUAAUAAUUGGUUACGUACAAUAUAUAUUUGAAACUAUAGUUUGACUUUCAUAUGGAUUAUUAUCUAUAUCAAGGCAAUAAAAGUAAUUUCAGAAAUAAUGCCUAUAUAUUUUUGUGCUUUACGUUACAUUGUGAUCAAUCUCUUGUCCAUUUGCAGGUAAUGCUUCAUUAUUAAUGUAAUUUUUUCUUGUUUUAAAAUCUUUAGCAUAGAUAUGCUUAGUGCAUGCUCUAAAAUCUUGAUGGUUAUUCUUGGUUUUGAACAUAAGUCUGACAUGAAUGUCCAAAUCUGUGAACAUAUGACAAAUGCCACAAACCAUAUUACAGUUCCAACUAUUUUAUGGAUGGUUUAAUGGUGAUUGGGUUUAAUUGUGCAGUUUGCGAGUUCUUAUUAUCUGCAAGAUUAAAUAAAGAAAACAAAAACGUA